AUGCCAACCCCAAUCAUCGACUCCCAUAUCCACCUCUUCCCAGCAUCCCAUCUCCCCACGCUGGCCUGGUACACCCCCUCCAGCCCACUCGGUUCCCAGCACUCCAUCGACGAAUACCGCCUCGCAACCGCCUCCACUCCCACAUCCCCGGAAGAAACAAAUUCACACUACCUCCGUGGCUUCAUCUUCCUCGAAACCGACCGUAUCUCCUCAAUUGAAGAGUCAGACCCAACCCGCGGCUGGGGCCACGCCCUCGACGAAGUCUCCUUCCUCACCCGGAUCAUCACCGGAGAUCCUAUCCCAGGGGAAGGCCACAAAGAUGUAGAUCGCCAUCUCUGUCUAGGUAUGAUACCCUGGGCGCCUGUACCUGGGGGUCCUGCUGCGCUAGAGAAGUACAUCUCCCUCGUGAGGGAGAGGACUCGCACGGAAGAAGUAUUCAAGAAGGUUCGCGGAGUGCGGUACCUCGUUCAGGAUAAGCCGAGCGGAGUCAUGCUAAAGCCCGAAUUCAUUGAUGGGCUGAGGUGGCUAGGGAGGCAGCAGUUGGCGUUUGAUCUGGGGGUGGAUGCGCGUCAAGGUGGGAUGUGGCAGUUGAGGGAGGCGGCGGAGAUGAUGAAUACGGUUUAUCGGGGGGUGGACGAGAAGAAGGAUAGGGUUAGGAUUGUUAUUAACCACCUGUGCAAGCCGAACCUGCGUCUGCCGUACACCUCGCCCGACUCGAUCGCUACGCAUCCGGAUUUCCUGGAAUGGAGCUCCCUCAUCACAGCCAUGGCACAGCAUCCAACGGCGUACAUGAAGCUUUCCGGUGGAUUCUCGGAGCUUCCCCCGCUCACGGCGGAUUCGGAGCCGGAUAUUGCUUCUCUAGUCGACCAGGUCCAGCUGUGGACGGAUGUGGUCUUUGAUGCGUUCGGGCCGGAGCGAGUCAUGUUUGGGUCUGACUGGCCUGUGUGUAAUGUGGGCGGAGGCGGUAGUGCAGUCGCCUGGAGACGGUGGAGGAGUGUGGUAGAGGGUAUUCUGGAGAAGAGGGGCUUGUCGCAGGAACAAAAGGAGGGUGUAUGGGGUGGUGUUGCCAUCAAGGCAUAUGGGAUUGAACUCUAA